CCAACAAUUUUCCACGAAAAAACGUCUGUUAAAACUUUACCUACAUGUUUUUCUCCACACAAUCUAAGAAAUUUCAUCAUUCAAUCUUGAAUUUAGUAGCUUACAGCACAAGAGAAAUUUCACUCUCUCCUGCCGUGUUCAAAUUAAUCAGAAAUUGGGGGAAUCUUAAUCUGUCCUUAUGUGCUUUAUGAAUUGUCAUUGGAUUAUAUUUAUAAAAUAACAUUUUGAAUUGACAAUGGGAGUUCGAGAAGAUCCAGAAGGCUAGGCUAUAUUAGCAGAUAGAAGAGCAUUUCAAAAUACCCGAUUCUUUCUUGAUAGAGAAAAGGAAAGGAAAUAGUCUUUAGGGUUCGGUGCAGAUGACUGUUUAAAUUCCAGGGCAGCGGAAUCUCAGAUCUUCAGGGUUAAGCCCAUUAGUGAGUUCAAUCCAUCACCCACUGCCAUGGAGUUCAACUUUGAGGAUUCAAUCAGUAAAGCUCUGAUUGAUCUUCAGAAACCCUCAAGUACCCUGUUUCUCAUAUUGUCCUCUGUGUUUGCUUCAACCCUUGUUAUGCUGAUCAUAGCCAAGAAUGGAAGAUCAUCCAAAAACCUUCCUCCUGGAAGUCUGGGGUGGCCUGUGAUAGGUGAAACAAUUCAGUUUCUGAAAGCAUACAGAGCCCACAAAUCCAAGGAAUGGGUAAAAGAAAGGGUUGCAAAAUAUGGGCCUGUUUUCAAAACAUCUCUAAUGGGGUGCCCAACAGUGAUCCUCACUGGCCAGGCAGGCAACCGCUUUCUCUUCCAUAAUGAUGGGCACAGCAUAAUGAACAAGCAGCCCAAGAACAUUACAAGGAUUUUUGGUGAAAGAGGCAUUGGUGAACUUUCUGGUGAAGAGCACAAGAGGAUAAGAGGUGCCAUCAUGCAGUUCAUGAAGCCCGAGGCAUUGCAGAGAUUUGUGGGCAGAAUGGAGUCUGUUGUUGUGCAGCACUUUGCUGAUUGUUGGGAAGGGAAGGACUGUGUUACAGUGACUCCAUUGAUGAAGCAGCUUACUUUCCAAGUUGCAUGUGAUCUGUUUUUCAGCUUGAAGGACAAGGAAGAGAGGGAAAGCUUGGCCAAUGAGUUUAAUACUGCUGUUAAGGGAAUUUGGUCAAUUCCUGUGGAUCUGCCAGGAACUGCCUUUAGGAAGGCCUUUCAAGCCCGUUGUAGAGUGACCAAGAGGUUAUCUUUGCUAUUGGAAAGGAGGAGAAGGGAUAUAGAGCAAGGCAAGGUCUCCCCUGAUCAAGACCUAAUGUCAUGUUUGAUCACCAUGAGAGAUGAAAAUGGUGAACCCCUCACUGAGGAUGAGAUCUUAGAUAUUGUCAUAGUUGUCAUGAUAGCUGGUCAUGAUACAACUUAUAAUCUUCUAACUCAUCUUGUGAGAGGGUUGUCCUUGGACCCACAUAUCUAUGAGAGUAUUCUCGAAGAGCAAAUGGCAGUCUUAGAAGGGAAAAAUCCCAAUGAACCUCUUACAUGGGAAGAUUUACGGAAAAUGAAGUAUUCAUGGAAGGUUGCUCAAGAAACAUUACGUUUGUUCCCUCCUAUAUUUGGUAGUUUCAGAAAAGCAAUUGAAGAUGUUGAAUAUCAAGGCUAUGUGAUUCCCAAAGGCUGGCAGUUGUUUUGGGAGACGAGCUCUACACAUUGGAAUGAGGAGAUUUUCAAGGAACCUCAUAAGUUUGAUCCAUCUCAUUUUGACACUCAAGUUUCACGUUAUGUGUUUACACCAUUUGGAGGAGGUCCUCGAAUUUGCCCUGGUUUUGAUUUUGCAAAGAUAGAGACGAUGAUAUUUUUGCAUCAUUUAGUAACCAAAUGGAAGUGGUCAAUGAAGGAUCCCAAUGAAAAAAUAAUGUGUGAGCCUUCUCCUGUUCCUAUCAUGGGAUUGCCAAUAAAUCUUCAAGCCAAGGGAAAAUGAUUAAUGCACAAAUAAUAUCAUUUUCAUGUAGAAAUUGAUAUUAGAUAUUAUAUAUAUUUUCUUCAUGUAUUAAAAUAGGGCAUAUAUUAUAAAAAUUUAGAAGUAACUUGAUGUUGAAAAAUAUUUUGUGAAGAUUGAGAUGCCAUGACCAAAUUACCUCCUUUGACAAAGACGAUGGCAUGCAACUCUGAAUGGUAGGUUGUGGUUUUUAAGAGGAAAAGAUGAUGUGUAGUUAUGUCACAUUAAAAUUGAAGAUGAAUAGUUACUAUAUGA